AUGGAUGGUGUUGUUACAGAUCUUAUAGCAGUCGGUUUAAAGCGGGGAUCUGAUGAGCUUCUUUCUUCUGGCAUCAUUAACGGACCUUUUACCAUGAACAAUUCUAGUCCUCCUAUAGGUGUAUAUGCUAAUGGGAAUGACAACAAGAAAUUUAAAGGAGACAGACCCCCCUGUUCGCCUUCCCGUGUUCUCCAUCUUCGCAAAAUUCCAAAUGAUGUCACCGAAGCAGAGGUCAUAUCAUUAGGUUUACCCUUUGGCAAAGUAACUAAUCUUUUGAUGUUGAAAGGAAAAAGCCAGGCUUUCUUAGAAAUGGCUUCUGAGGAAGCUGCUAUUACCAUGGUGAACUAUUACACUCCUGUGACCCCUCAUCUUCGAAGUCAGCCUAUCUUUAUUCAGUAUUCCAAUCACAGAGAACUUAAGACUGACAAUCUACCUAAUCAAGCUCGAGCCCAAGCGGCACUGCAGGCUGUCAGUGCUAUCCAGUCAGGAAGCCUGGCCCUUCCUGGAGCUCCCAGCAGUGAAGGCACAAUGCUACCCGGGCAGAGCCCUGUGCUCCGGAUAAUUAUUGAAAACCUCUUUUACCCUGUGACCCUGGAAGUUCUUCACCAGAUAUUUUCUAAAUUUGGCACAGUCUUGAAAAUUAUCACCUUUACAAAGAAUAAUCAGUUUCAAGCCUUGCUUCAGUAUGCUGACCCAAUGAAUGCACAGUAUGCCAAAAUGGCACUGGAUGGCCAGAAUAUCUAUAAUGCAUGCUGCACUCUGCAUAUUGACUUCUCCAAGCUUACCAGCCUUAAUGUGAAAUAUAAUAAUGACAAAAGCAGAGACUUCACUCGCUUAGAUCUGCCUACUGGUGAUGGCCAUCCAUCCCUUGAAUCCCCUAUGGCUGCUGCUUUUGGUGCACCAGGUAUAAUUUCCUCACCAUAUGCAGGGGCUGCUGGAUUUGGUCCGGCCAUUGGAUUUCCUCAAGCUACAGGUCUGUCAGUCCCAGGUAUUCCUGGUGCUCUUGGUCCUCUCGCACUCACCUCCUCUGCUGUCACUGGAAGAAUGGCCAUUCCUGGGGCUGGUGGUAUGCCAGGAAAUUCUGUUCUGCUUGUCACCAAUCUCAAUCCUGAUCUUAUCACACCACAUGGGCUGUUUAUCCUAUUUGGAGUCUAUGGUGAUGUACAUCGAGUGAAGAUUAUGUUUAAUAAGAAAGAAAAUGCUUUGGUUCAGAUGGCAGAUGCAAAUCAAGCUCAGCUAGCAAUGAACCAUCUGAACGGUCAGAGACUUUAUGGAAAAGUGCUCCGUGCUACACUGUCCAAACAUCAGUCAGUUCAGCUUCCUCGAGAGGGACAAGAAGACCAAGGUCUGACUAAGGAUUUUAGUAAUAGUCCUUUGCAUCGCUUUAAAAAGCCUGGCUCUAAAAACUUCCAGAAUAUUUUUCCACCGUCAGCCACGCUGCAUCUCUCCAACAUCCCACCUUCCGUUACAAUGGAUGAUCUGAAGAACCUUUUCACAGAAGCUGGAUGUUCAGUGAAGGCUUUUAAAUUCUUUCAGAAAGAUCGCAAAAUGGCCCUUAUUCAGUUGGGAUCUGUGGAAGAAGCCAUCCAGGCCCUCAUUGAGCUUCAUAACCAUGACCUUGGAGAGAAUCACCACCUCAGAGUUUCCUUCUCAAAAUCUACAAUCUGA